AUGGCCAGAAAAAUCGCUUAUUUGACUGCCUUAGCCUCAGUUACCCUCCUUGGUUUAGCAUUAUCAUCCACCAAUGCUGCACCAGCACUUGAAAAACGCGGAGACAGUAAUGGCAAUGGAAAUGGUAAUGGCAAUGUGGGAAGCGGUAAUGGAAAUUACAACGGAAACUUCAAUUUUGGUUCAUUUAAUGGUAAUCUCAAUGGAAACAAUAACCUUGGUAAUUUAAAUGGAAAUGCCAACGGAAAUAAUAACACCGGAGACAAAAAUGGUAACUCUAAUGGAAACCUCAACGUUGGUAAUUUGAACGGCAUCGGAAAUGGAAAUAAAAAUAUUGGUUCAUUAAAUGGAAAUCUAAAUGGAAAUGCCAACAAUGGAACCGCCAAUGGGCAAUUUAACGGCAAUCUCAACAAUGGAACGGCCAAUGGCAACGCUAAUGGCAAUACUAAUGUUGGAAAUGGUAACGGUGCGCUCAAUGGUAAUUCUAAUAACGGAACUGGCAAUGGUAAUCUGAAUGGCAAUCAGAACAUCGGCAAUAAGAACGGUGUAUUGGUCGGCAAUGCAAAUACCGGUGAUUUAAAUGGUGUAUCAAAUGGAAAUGCCAAUAAUGGAACUGCCAAUGGUCAAUUAAUUGGAAAUGGCAACAAUGGAACUGCCAACGGACAAUUCAACGGAAAUGCUAACAAUGGAGAUGCUAACGGAGUACUCAUUGGAAAUGCCAAUAAUGGAACUGCCAACGGACAAUUCAAUGGAAAUGCCAACAAUGGAACCGCCAACGGUCAAAUCAUUGGAAAUACCAACAAUGGAGAUGCUAACGGACAAUUCAAUGGAAAUUCUAAUAAUGGAACUGCCAAUGGUCAAAUCAUUGGAAAUGCCAACAAUGGUACUGCCAACGGACAAUUCAAUGGAAAUGCCAACAAUGGAGAUGCUAACGGA